ACUUUGGACACAGAUUCCCACGACUGCACUUAUUUUGGGACAGAGGUAGUACAAGAUAAUUAAAAAAGUAGAAAUUUUGGUUUGGAAUCUACUAGAAAAACUACUCCACAACACAAGGUUUAUAAUUUACAAUAAAAAAAUAUUGUUUAGAAUAUAAUAUUCAUUUUUAAAAAUAUUUCUUUUAAUGUAAGAUAUGACGAUAUAUCCUAUUACUGUUCUAAGAUAGGCAAAUACAUUAAAUUAUAUGUGCCUAUUUCUUGAAAUAAAAACAGAUUGUGGAUCACUUCGUCAGCUUUGUCGCCUUCAGCUAAAUUGUACAAUAUUAAACUAUACGGAUAAAAUAUAUACUUUUGCCUACGUCAUUUUAAAGUCAAACAUACUUUGAUUGAACUGUAUGGAUAAAUAAUGAACUAUCACCAACAUAAUCCAGCAUGUCACCAUGGUUACUCUACACAUAAUUUGGUUUACAUCAGGCAAUAAUAAUUCAUGAGAAUUAUCAUUUACUUCUAUCAUCAACCAGAGGUACAUAGAAACAACAAUGAGAGUGUAUUUGGAUAAUGGGUUAGGAGAGGUGGAAUUGGUAAAUGGAAAUGAAUGGAGGGAUACGAUGAAAUGGAGCGAGAAGAAUGAAUGGUUAGGAUUGAAACUUAUCCUUUGAGAGAUAAGAAAUCAUAUCCCAAACCUAUUACAUGGUCUGAAGUAAAUAAGAUACUUGAGCCACAGCCACAAAAAAAAGUCAUGGUGAAAAACCACAGAGUGUGCUGUUACUCUGCAGUGCAAAAGAAGGGAGUAGAAAAUAACCUGAAAAUGAAUCGAGCGGUGGGUCACACAAAAAGCACCUGCCCACUGCCUUCCCCUUCCUCGUUGGCAGCUUCCCCCGGCGCCACCUAUGCCUCGCCGCUUCACCCUCCACUCUUUCCCGUUUUGCCCCUCCUCCUGCCUCUUCUUCCUCUUCCUCCAGCCACCGAACUCACCAACAACGAGACGACUCAGGGGAGAUCAACCUGCUCUCCACUACUGUGGACUGCAGUGGAGUCCGUGGUGAGUGAGGCACACACACGCGUCCUUCUCCGGCGAACGAUGGGGUGGGGUGAGCCGCCGGCGCCGCAGCAGAGGAAGGCGGCAGGGGGCGGCGGGCUGAAGCUGCUGCUGUCCGUGCUCCUCGUCGGCCUCGCCCUGCGCCUGCUCGUCAACCCCUCCGCGUACCUCCUCCUUUCGUCGUCGUCGACGACGACCACCGCCGCCGUCGCGCUAGGGCAAGGGGACGACGCGGUCCUCGCCGGCGGCGGCUCGCUGCCUUCCAACGGAAGUUGUGAUUUAUUCCAUGGUAAAUGGGUCCCUGAUUCAUCUGGCCCUGAUUACACUAACAACAGCUGCCGCUUCAUCGAGACUCCGCAGAACUGUAUGACAAAUGGAAGGCCUGACAGUGGCUAUCUUUAUUGGAGAUGGAAGCCCUAUGGCUGCGAGAUGUCGCGGUUUGAGGGCGAGAAGUUUUUGGAGGCCAUGCGGGGAAAACAUUGGGCUCUUAUUGGUGAUUCAAUCCUCCGAAAUCACGUUCAAUCGUUGCUUUGCCUUCUUGCUAAGGUUGAAGAGCCUACUCAGGUCUACCAUGACAAGACAUUCAAAUCAAGGAAGUGGCACUUUGCUUUGCACAACAUCACAGUCUCUCUUAUCUGGGCACCGUUCCUUGUCGAAGCUGAAAUAUUUGAGGAUGAUGAUGGAGUAUCAACUUCUGAGCUCCAACUGCACCUUGACAUUCUUGACUCAAACUGGACAAGGCAAUGGAACAGCUUCGACUAUGUCGUGAUAUCGACAGGCCAAUGGUUCCCGAAAACCGCAGUCUACUGGGAGAAUGGAGCUGUGACCGGCUGCCACUAUUGCCAGGACAAGAGUGUAGCGGAACUGACUUUUGAGUAUGCCUUCCGCAAGUCACUCAGAAAAACCUUCCAAUUCAUCACGUCCUCACCUCACAAGCCAGUGGUCUUCUACAGAACAUGGUCACCGUCGCAUUUUGAGAAUGGUGAGUGGUCCAGUGGCGGGACUUGCAAGAGGACAGUUCCAUUCAAGCCAGGGGAAACCGGCGAUCGAGAAUCGGACAUGAAGAUGUGGAGGAUCGAGAGAGAAGAGUUUGCCAAGGCAGUUGUGCACGACAGGCACAACAACGCCGGCCGUCUGAAGCUGCUCGACACAUUUGAGCUCUCACUGCAAAGGCCUGACGGCCACCCUGGGCCUUACCGGACGUAUCAUCCUUUCGAGAAGGCAACAUCGGCCAAAGUUCAGAACGACUGCCUGCACUGGUGCUUGCCCGGUCCUAUUGAUGCGUGGAACGAUAUAAUCAUGCAGAUGUUGGCAAUAAACUGAAACCUCCUGAAUCAUCUAAAUUUUGACAAAAAGUGUUGAUUCAGACCUGAUUAUUAUACAUAGGUAAACUUCUUAGCAUAAUCAAGUGCCUUCUUUUUUGGCGCUCAUUGAAGAAUUUCCAGUCGGUAAGUAUCGGUCUCUUGUUGUAGCCUGUCUGAUUGCGGCACCCAUCUGCAGCCAUAGGAAUGUCCCCUGGCCGUAAUUAUCAGUUAUGAACUUGGGUUGUGUUGUACAACUUGAGAUAGUUGAUUUAAAGAGUCAAAUAUAAGUCUCAUCAGCUACUCGUCUUCUGUUUUCAGCUAA